AUGAGCCUUUCAAAUACUGACAGGAAUGCCACAGCAGUUGUCUAUCGGGACAGCUUGAACAUAGCUAUAAUCAAGAAUGUGAUCACAGUGGUUCUCUGCAUCUCCAUCAACUACGUCAAUGGUGUCCUGGUACACACAUUCAGGAAACAUCAGGUUCUAAAUAUGAACCCUCGAUACAUCCUGUACAUCCAUCUGGUAAUCAAUGAUAUUAUCCUGCUGACCUUGUUCACCCUUAUUCAAGUCCUGAGUUACAUUGUGUUUACCCUUAAUGUCUCCUUCUGUAUGUUUUUGCUGAUGAUUACUAUUCCUGCAAAUUUAAACAAUCCUGUAACACUAGCUGCUAUGGCAAUAGAGUGUUACAUUGCAAUAUGCUUCCCUCUACGCCACACCCAGAUCUGUACAGUAAAGAAAGCGUAUGUUGUGAUUGGCCUCACGUGGGUUAUAGGAACACUGUCAGUCCUAACAGAUUUAUUUUUCACACUGGCAACAGAAUCCAUGGAAUUCCUACAUUCUAGAGUGUUUUGUCUUCCCAAAAAUGUUUUCAGACACCCCAGUCUCACAGAGAAGAGCAAUAUUUCCAACAUAAUGUUAAUGGUCAUUGUUUGGAUAACUCUUUUCUACACAUACUUCAGGAUCAUUUUUGCUGCAAAGGCAGCUGCUGCAGAUGUAAGAAAAGCAAGGAACACUGUCCUCCUCCAUGGCUUCCAGCUGAUUUUAUGUAUGCUCACCUACGUUUACGGUCUCACAAUAGAGGGUCUCACAUACUUGUUCCCAAGAGGGGUACUGGCUAUUCGCUUUACUGUCUCAAUACUUAUUCACGUCCUGCCUCGGCUGAUCAGUCCAGUAAUUUAUGGUCUACGAGACAAGACAUUCAGAAAGUUCCUGCAACAAUACAGACUUGUAUACUUAUAGAUGGUGAAUAUCAUG